AUGCGCCAGGACUGCACGUGUAUGAGAGAGUUCAAAGGACGCAUAUCCUUGAUUGACGUACCUCGGCGUCUCCGCCGCGCCAUCCUCCUCAACGACCUCCCGCUUGUCAAGAGGAUACUGCGCAACAACCCGACCUACCUGCGCAAUCCGGACUACCAAGACAAAAGCAACACCAGCCUCCACCUCGCCGCAAAAUGUGGUUUCACCGCCAUCGUUGAAUUCCUCAUCUCCCUCUCUCAUGACAGCGACCUCAUCUCCCUCAACAACGACGCCUACACCCCCCUCAUGCUCGCCUGUGCCUCGGGCCGUGAAGAAACUGGCGUCCUCUUGGCCCGCAAAUUCCCCCACUCCAUCCCCCUCCGUAACAACCGCGGCCAAGACGCGCUGAUGCUCGCUGCAGCCUCCGGCUCCGGGACCCUGCAUCUGAUGCCCACGCUGAUCCUGCUGCAACCCUCGAUCCUCACCACGGCCGACAACGACGGAAACACGGCGCUGCACCACGCUUCUGCAGCCGGGGAGCUGAAGGCACUGCGCAUGCUGCUGAGUUAUGGGGCGGAGCCGCUGGCGAUGAAUUGGGCGAGUUGGACGCCUGUGCAUUAUAGUGCUACCAGCGCGGCGGAGAGUUAUUUCAAGGGGUUGAUCAUUGAGAGGGAGAAGGUGAGGGCAGAGGGGAAGAGGGUUGCUGUUGCAGAGGAAAAGGGGAGAAGAGAGGAGAGGGAAAGGGAAAGGGAGAAGGAGAAGGAAGGAUCAAGGACGGGUAAGGGAAUGGCGACAAGAGGGAAAGGACUGGUAAGGCUAGUUACAGAUACGGAGGAGGACAGUACUUUUGCUGCUGGGACAGCAGUGGAAAACAGACAAAGAGCAAGAGAUGAUGCUGCGAUUGCGGGCCUUCCCGCUCCAGGCAUGGAAUGGAGUCCCGUCGAUGAUAGAAGACGCGCAAUGACGCCCACGGAAGGGCGGGGUUGGACUUUUACCCCAGACGGCAUGAGGCCGCGUGCUGAGACUGGGGGGUCGAUUUAG